AUGGCCAACGAACUGCUCAUCACCAUCAACGAUCUUGGAAACGUUGCGUGCCGUAACGUUGAAGCCGUCAAUUCAGCCGCCACAGAGGUCCCACUAGAUCAUAUCCGAAAGAUCCUGUCGACGUAUGUCUUCGUCUUUCAAGAUCCCAAUGAGCUAAAGAAAAUGUUCGAGAAUACCACGCCGGAGAAUGUGGAGAUACGCAAUGGGAUGCGCAAACUACGUCUCAAGAUCCUGCGUCCCGUUCCGUAUGAAUUGUUGACUCUGGAUGAAAGGCACGGCUGUAUGAAAGGGCCGAACAUGUCUGCACUCGAACAAAGUUGGAGAACUGCCUGUAAGGCUAUUCCCAAGAACCACAGCAUCGAGGAAAUCAUUUUCGAUAUGUCCUACGAUCAGCAAAUUGAACUCAUCCAUAUAAGUUGGUUGCUGCAGAAUAUCAGCACUACUAUGAGUCUCAAGGCGAGAGGGCCUUUCCACUGUCAGGUUCAGGGUUGUAAGAGCGAUAGGAAAGCAUUCUUAGAAAAAAGUCUUGUCGGAGUUUGA